AUGGAGGGAGGCGAAAGCAGUGUGCAAAUAAUAAAAAACGCUCCUAGUGUUCUGAAAGCAGACAUCUGGACCCAUUAUGGGUUUUAUGAACUAAAAGGGAAAAGUGAACUGGACAAGUCGCACGCUGUGUUUAAAGUGUGUCACACAAAAAUAAAAUACCUUGGUGGAAAUACCACUAACUUGAGGAACCACCUUAGCCGUUUUCACUGUGAGAAGCUAACGCCUGCCACCAAGAAAACAGCGGAGCCAGCCCAGCGAAGAAUUGAUGAGGCGCUGUCAACUUUUCCGCCCAACUCUGAGAAAGCGAAGAAAAUCACCCAGUCGGUGGCAGCUUUCAUAGCGAAGGACCUACGUCCUUAUUCGGUCGUGGAAAACACCGGUUUUCGCCACCUGUUAAAGACGCUGGAGCCACGGUAUAAGCUCCCAUCAUGUAGCCACUUUACAGAAAAUGUCAUACCUGCACUCUACAACGGAACCAAAGCCCAGGUAAUGGCGUCAAUGAUCCAAGCUAAAAGAGUUGCCAUAACAUGUGAUGCCUGGACUUCUGUCGCGACGGAGUCGUAUUUAACAGUAACGGCACAUUACAUCAGCGAGGACUGGCAGUUUUUGUCGCAUGUGCUGCAAACGAGAGCUGUUUACGAGUCUCACACAGGUGCGCAUGUUGCGGAGCUACUGUCUCGUGUAGUGGAAGAAUGGCAGCUAUCAGACAAAGAUGUAGUGCUGGUGACAGACAACGCUUCUAAUAUGAUCGUUGCAGCUGAAUUCGGAAAAUUCCCUCAUGUUAAAUGCUUCGCCCAUACACUGAAUCUUGCGUCCCAGCGGGCGCUUAAAGUGGCCACCCUCUCCAGGCUUCUGGGUAGAGUCCGACGGAUUUCCACAUUCUUCCACCGCAGCACUACAGCGAACCACUAUCUGAAAGAGAAACAGAAAUGUCUGGGCCUGAAAAAUCAUAAACUGAUAACUGAUGUUGCCACAAGGUGGAACAGUGCAUACGACAUGGUCGAGAGGUUCUUGGAACAACAACCUGCAAUAUGUGCCACCUUGCUGUCUCCAGAGGUGAGAAAAGGACAGUCAGACCUCUGCACUCUUAACGAAACAGAUGUGUCAAAUGCAGAGGACGCUGUGAGUGCAUUAAAGCCAAUGAAGGAUGCAACCACUCUGAUGUCAGAAGAGAGCAAUCCAACAGUGUCUCUCAUUGCUCCAAUAAUUGCACAACUCUUCCAGGACAUGACAGGCACCAUUGGAGACUCACCGAUGAUCCACGCGAUCAAGAAUGCCAUCAAAACAGAUCUCCUGAAGAGUGGAGGAGAGAUUGGAGAUCUACAGAGGAGUGACUGA